AUGGUAGUCAAGGAAGAUGGGACCAAAUGGGCAUGCCAAUCGUGCCUAAAGGGUCACCGUGUCAGCGGCUGCACCCAUACAGACAUUCCAGACCGUGAGCUCUUCUUCGUCCCCAAGAAGGGCCGCCCCAUCACCCAGUGCCCGCACUGCCGCGCCGAACGCAAGAAGCGCUCGUCCCAUGUCAAAUGCGAUUGUGGAGAGAAACCCCACACCAAAGAGAAAUGCAUCCACCUGCGCGAGGCCGAAGCCAAAGCUGCUGCUAUAGCUGCCGCUGCCGAAUCAGGCAUACCCAUGCCACCCCCUUCGGCCUCGUCGGAACACCACUCGCCUGAACUAUACCCUGUCGCCGAAGAAUCUCCCUCAUCUGACGAACACCACCAUUGCUGCUGCCCCCAUGGCGGAAAGUGCAUUUGCUCGAGCCUCAAGGAUCCGUCCCCUGAAGAUGCCAAAGACCACAAGGAGCCCAUCAAAGUGUCGCCCAAGAAGGACUCCGUCAAGGAGACAUCGACUGUGCCAAAGAAGUCACUGAGCCAACGCAAGCCACGACUUACUUCGCACCAGUCUGAAGGCCAUUUGACCGUCUUUGCCAACGGUCACCACAAGCCCUGCCAUCGCAACAACAAUGCUGCCCACGAAUCCGGUGCUCCCUACAAGCUGCCUCGCUCGCACACCCAGCCCGUCCCGGCCAAGAACAAUGCUCGCCGUUCCGUAGAUAGCCUUGCUGCAGUCGCUUCGAACCAGCCACACUCGUGGUUCCAGCCCAACGUGUCCGCUCAGCAAUCGAACACCAACUCUGGUCACGCUUCACCCGUCUCGGUCAUUACCCUGCAGGCUGAAGCCAUGCAGCAAGACGUCAAGCCUCCGAUCGAUGCUCAGCCCCAGUACUCGGCUGCCACCGUUUCUUCGAGUGUUCCAACUACCUCCAUGUUCGCCGAUUUCGGUUUCCCUAGCACCUCAUCCAUCGGCACUACCACUACUGAAGCCUCUAUGCCAUCCUUCUCCCUACCGAGCUCCGAUCUCAACAUGAACACGGACUUCUGGAACAACUUUGACUGGUCCAAGGUCGACACUACUUCCUUCGACGUCCAGCCUGCUCUGACAAACACUUCUUCUGGCACCAUGUCCGAAGUCGACGAGAUCCCUGCCACUGAGGAUAUGAAUGCGUUUGACAGCAACCCCUACUCGAUGAACAUGCAAGGUCUUGUCGACACCAACGUCAACAACAGCAUCAACAACCUUGAUCUUGACUUCUCUGUGGCUACUGGACAAUCCAAUCGCUGGAGCAUGCCCGUCUACUCAAACCCGAAUACAAGCAAUAUUGAUCUGGCUGCCAUGACCGCUGACACUUUUGCCAAGUCGUCCAAGCAGUCCCCUGAUCAAUCCAUGUCGCAAUUCUCCGGUUUCGAUUUGGCCUCUUCCGUUCAAUCCCAAUCGCCUGGUCAGUCCAACUUCCAGUGGGACCCUUCCCUCAUCGAUUACGCCAUGGGCAACAACGCCGACAACAGCGCAUCAAUUGCCUACUCCGUCGCUGGUUCUUCGGGCCCCUCGAUGGCCCCGACCGCUGCCCCUUCUCCAAAGUUCAGCGCAGACAACUCAAACAUGAACGAUCAAUUCUUCGACUUUGACAGUGGUUCCAAACUUGUCAACUGGAACGACAACAUCAUAGUCCCCGCCGGACAAGACUUCCUCAAUUCGUACAAUUAUGAUCAGAACUUCUCGACAAAUGACUUCAACAGCCAGGGCUGGUCGAGCUAA